GUCAACCAGCGCCGCCGCAAUGAGUUUAUCUUCCUCCGCCGGCGGCGGGUGACUGUCCCAGAGCUCAUGGUGGCGGUUGGCGUCUCCUGCGACGAUCGCGGUAGAACCGAGACGCCGAACAAUGCUUGCAAGUUGAGCAGCAUGAGCCAGUGCCGGUGGGGGGUUGUAAGAACUCACCACGCACAUGCUGGGAAAAGCAGGCGGGAACACGCGAACGGCAAUAGCCUGCAGGGGGUCGGUGCCAGGGAGCGUCAGGCACUCGCACGGCAGGGUGUGGCGGACCAGAACGGCAACGCCGCCGCCGCGCCCGCCGCAGGCCCGGUGGAAGUCCGUGUACCCAAUGAACUUCGUCGCCGUGGCAUGCUGGCUCUUGACCUCCUGGAGGAGAACGAUGUCUGGCUGAUGCCGGGCCAGACGCGCAGCUAG